UCAGAAGCCGCCCAGCGUUUCCGGGAGGAGUUUUGGGCCCCGCGAGGCCCCAUCGGGCUCCCACCAGUCGCUCCGGAGGUAGCUGUGGAGAGGCCCGGACCGCGUGGCUGAGUGGGUGCGGAGACUCUGGCGCAGCAUCAGCAUGGGCGAACAUGGCCUGGAACUGGCCUCCAUGAUCCCCGCUCUGCGGGAGUUGGGCAGUGCCACUCCAGAGGAAUAUAAUACCGUUGUACAGAAGCCAAGACAAAUACUGUGUCAGUUCAUUGACCGAAUACUUACAGAUGUAAAUGUUGUUGCUCUAGAACUCAUAAAGAAAACUGACUCUCAGCCAACCUCUGUGAUGUUGCUUGAUUUCAUCCAGCAUAUCAUGAAAUCUUCUCCACUUAUGUUUGUGAAUAUGAAUGCAAGCCAGGGGCAAGAUGAAGCCAAAUAUAGCUGUAUUGAAUUCAAUAAUUGGAUCAUAACAAGACUUUUGCGGAUUGCAGCUGCUCCGUCCUGUUACAUGUUGCAUGGGAAAAUCUCUGAAGUUAUCUGUUCAUUAUUAUUUCUUUUUAAAAGCAAGAGUCCUGCUAUUUUUGGGAUAUUCACAAAGGAAUUAUUGUGUCUUUUUGAAGACUUCAUAUACCUCCACAGAAGAAAUGCAAUGGGAGAUACUCUAGAAUGGCCAGUGAUCGUUAACAGAUUUUUAAGCCACUUGGAUAAACACAUGGGAUAUGUACAACCAGCUCCUUUGCAGUUUGUGAGCAUGCAAGAUAUAGAAUUUGUUGAAGUCACUUUAUUAAUGGUUCUUAUUCGCAUUAUUACAAUUGUGUUUUUUAGAAGGCAAGAACUCAUACUUUGGAGGAUAGGUUGCGUUCUUCUAGAGUGUGGUAAUCCAAAAACUAAAUCCUUAGCAAUUAGCCUUUUAACUGAACUUUUUGAGCUUGGAGGACUACCAGCACAACCAGCCAGCAUUUUCUUCAGCUCUUUUGUAGAAUUAUUAAAGCACCUAGUAGACAUGGACGUUGACCAGUUGACAUUAUAUGAAGAGCCAUUAUCAAAGCUAAUAAAGACAGUAUUCCCCUUUGAAGUGGAAGCUUAUAAAAAUAUUGAACCUGUCUAUUUAAAUAUGCUGCUGGAAAAACUCUGUGUCAUGUUUGAAGAUGGUGUGCUUCUGCAGCUCAAGUCUGAUUUGCUAAAAGCAGCGUUAUGUCAUUUACUGCAGUAUUUCCUUAAAUUUGUGCCAGCUGAGUAUGAAUCUGCCUUACAAGUCAGGAAGGUCUAUGUGAGAAAUAUUUGUAAAGCUAUUGUGGAUAUUCUUGGAGUUCAAAUAAAUGUAGGGUACUUGUUGGGCCCACUUUAUGCAGCAUUGAAAAUGGAAAGUAUGGAAAUAAUUGAGGAGCUCCACUGCCAUACUCAACAGGAAAACCUCAGCAAUGAUAGUGAUGGAGUAUCCCUCAAAAGACGUAGACUCAGCUCCUCUUCUAAAAGGGCAUCAACAGAGUCUGAAGAAAUUAUGAAUGUGGAUAUGAGCAAGAAGAAUAUAAUAUGGAGUGCCCUGAGACAGAAAGCUGAAUCCCUUCAGAUUUCCCUUGAAUCUAGCAAUCUAAAGAAACCUAUAAUUGAGACUUUAGAAGGAAUUGCUGUUAUCCUACAACUGACUGCUUUGUCUACGGUUCACUGUUCUCAUCAAAACCUGGACUGCCAUAAUUUCAAGGAUUGUCAACACACAUCUAAGAAGAAGCCUUCAGUAAUGAUAACCUGGAUGUCUGUGAAUUUUUAUAUAAAGGUGCUUAAGAGCUGUAGAAAUUUGUUAGAAUCUGUUCAGAAACCUGACCUGGAGGCAGUCAUUGAUAAUGUAGUGAAGAUUUAUGAUGCUUUGAUUUAUAUGCAAGUAAAAAGUUCAUUUGAAGAUAAUAUUCUGGAAGAUUUGUGUGGAAUGGUCUCACUUCCGUGGAUUUAUUCCCACUCUGAUGAUGAGUCUUUAAAGUUGACCACAUUUGCCACUAAUCUUCUAACAUUAAGCCAGAAGACUUCAGAUAGCUUCUCACCACAGGCACAGUCACGAUGUAUGUUUCUUCUAACUCUGUUUCCAAGAAGAAUAUUCCUUGAAUGGAGAACAGCAGUUUACAACUGGGCCCUCCAGAGCUCCCAUGAAGUAAUACGGGCUAGUUGUGUUAAUGGAUUUUUUAUCUUACUGCAACAGGAAAAUUCUUAUAACGCAGAUGCCAAGAUUCUUCUUGAUAAAGUGAAAGAUGAUUCUGACGUUGUCAAGAAAGAAUUUGCUUCUAUUCUUGGUCAACUUGUCUGUACUCUUGAUGGCAUGUUUUAUUUGACAAGUUCUUUAAUAGAACCUUUUUUGGAACAUGGACAUACAGAUCUCUUCUGUAAGACCAUAAAAGCCACUUCUCAACACAAAUGUGUAUCUUCUCAAUUAAAAGCUUCUGUUUGUAAGCAAUUUCUUUUCCUACUGAAAAAAGAGAUAUCUAGUCCAGUAAAACUUGCUUUCAUAGAUAAUCUACAUCAUCUUUGUAAGCAUCUUGAUUUCAGAGAAGAGGAAACAGAUAUAAAAGCAGUUCUUGGAACUUUGUUAAAUUUAAUGGAAGAUCCAGACAAGGACGUUAGAGUGGCUUUUAGUGGAAAUAUCAAGUACAUAUUGGAAUCCUUGGAUUCUGAAGAUGGAUUUAUAAAAGAGCUUUUUGUUUUAAGAAUGAAGGAAGCAUACACUAAUGCCCAAAUAUCAAGAAAUAAUGAGUUGAAGGAUACCUUGAUUCUUACCACAGGUGAUAUUGGAAGGGCAGCAAAAGGAGAUUUGGUACCUUUUGCUCUCUUGCACCUAUUGCAUUGUUUGUUAUCCAAAUCAGCAUCUGUCUCGGGAGCAGCGUACACAGAAAUUAGAGCACUGGUUGCAGCUAAAAGUGUUAAACCACAAAAUUUUUUCAGUCAGUAUAAGAAACCCAUCUGUCAGUUUUUGGUAGAAUCCCUCCAUUCUACUCAGAUGACAGCGCUUCCAAAUAUUCCUUGCCAUAACACUGAGAUACGGAUACGAAAACAAGACAUAGCACACCAGAGAGAAAUGACUUUAAAUACCUUGUCUGAAAUUGCCAAUGUUUUUGACUUUCCUGAUCUCAAUCGUUUCCUUACUAGGACAUUACAAGUUCUGUUGCCUGACCUUGCUGCCAAAGCAAGCCCAGCAGCAUCUGCUCUCAUUCGAACUUUAGGAAAACAGUUAAAUGUCAGUCGUAGAGAGAUCUUAAUAAAUAACUUCAAAUACAUUUUCUCUCAUUUGGUUUGUUCCUGUUCCAAAGAUGAAUUAGAACGUGCUCUUCAUUAUCUGAAGAAUGAAACAGAAAUUGAACUGGGAAGCCUAUUGAGACAGGAUUUCCAAGGAUUGCAUAAUGAAUUACUAUUACGUAUUGGAGAACAUUAUCAACAAGUUUUCAAUGGCUUGUCAAUACUUGCCUCAUUUGCAUCUAGUGAUGAUCCAUAUCAGGGCCCAAGAGACAUCACAUCACCUGAACUAAUGGCUGACUAUUUACAACCCAAGUUGUUGGGCAUUUUGGCUUUUUUUAACAUGCAAUUAUUAAGCUCCAGUGUUGGUAUUGAAGAUAAGAAAAUGGCCUUGAAUAGUUUGAUAUCUUUAAUGACGUUGAUGGGUCCCAAACAUGUCAGUUCUGUGAGGGUGAAGAUGAUGACAACACUGAGAACUGGGCUUCGAUUCAAGGAUGACUUUCCUGAAUUAUGCUGCAGAGCUUGGGAUUGCUUUGUUCGCUGCCUGGAUCAUGCUUGUCUGGGCUCCCUUCUCAGUCAUGUUAUAGUAGCUUUGUUACCACUAAUACAAAUCCAGCCUAAAGAAACUGCAGCUAUCUUUCACUACCUCAUCAUUGAAAACAGGGAUGCUGUGCAAGAUUUUCUUCAUGAAAUAUAUUUUUUACCUGAUCAUCCAGAAUUAAAAAAGAUAAAAGCGGUUCUCCUGGAAUAUAGAAAGGAGACCUCUGAGAGUACUGAUCUUCAAACAACUCUUCAGCUAUCCAUGAAAGCAAUUCAACAUGAAAAUGUAGAUGUCCGUAUUCACGCCCUUACCAGCCUUAAAGAAAUUUUGUAUAAAAAUCAGGAAAAACUGAUAAAAUAUGCAACUGAUAGUGAAACAGUAGAACCUGUUAUCUCACAGUUGGUGACGGUGCUUUUGAAAGGUUGUCAGGAUGCAAACUCGCAAGCUCGCCUGCUCUGUGGAGAAUGUUUGGGGGAGUUGGGAGCAAUAGAUCCAGGCCGAUUAGAUUUCUCAACAACUGAAACUCAAGGAAAAGAUUUUACAUUCGUGACUGGAGUAGAAGAUUUGAACUUUGCAUAUGGGUUAUUGAUGGAGUUAACAAGAGCUUACCUUGCAUAUGCAGAUAACAGUCGAGCUCAGGACUCAGCUGCUUAUGCCAUUCAGGAGUUGCUUUCUAUCUACAACUGCAGAGAGAUGCAGAGAGACGGCGCAGGUCACCAGCUGUGGAAGAGAUUUCCCGAGCAUGUUCGGGAAAUACUAGAACCUCAUCUAAAUACUAGGCAUGAUCUUGCCAAUAAAAUCUUCACCUGCUGUAGCAUAAUGAUGAAGCAUGAUUUCAAGGUGACCAUCUAUCUUCUUCCACAUAUUCUAGUGUAUGUCUUGUUGGGUUGUAAUCAAGAAGAUCAGAAAGAGGUUUAUGCAGAAAUUAUGGCAGUCCUAGAGCAUGACGACCAGCGUAACUUAAGUACGCAAGACAGUGCAUCUGAUCUGUCCCAACUGAGUACACAGACUGUGUUCUCCAUGCUUGACCACCUCACACAAUGGUCAAGGAACAAAUUUCAGGCCCUGAAUGCUGAAAAACUUCCACAAAACAAAUCAAACAGAGAAAAGGUCAGCUCUAAGGCAUCAACUGUGAAUUUUGAAGACUAUCAGAGUGUAACUCGUUUUUUGGACCUCAUACCUCAAGAUACUCUGGCAGUAGCUUCUUUUCGCUCCAAAGCAUACACACGGGCUGUAAUGCACUUUGAAUCAUUUAUUAUAGAAAAAAAGCAAAAUAUUCAAGAGCAUCUUGGAUUUUUACAGAAAUUGUAUGCUGCUAUGCAUGAACCAGAUGGAGUAGCUGGAGUAAGUGCAAUUCGAAAGGCAGAACCAUCUCUAAAAGAACAAAUCCUUGAACAUGAAAGCAUUGGCUUGCUGAGGGAUGCCACUGCUUGUUAUGACAGGGCUAUUCAGCUAGAACCAGACCAGAUCAUUCAUUAUCAUGGUGUAGUGAAGUCUAUGUUAGGUCUUGGUCAGCUUUCUACUGUGAUUACUCAGGUGAAUGGAGUGCAUGCUAACAGGUCUGAAUGGACAGACGAACUGAAUACGUACAGAGUGGAAGCAGCUUGGAAAUUGUCACAGUGGGAUUUGGUGGAAAAUUAUUUAGUAGCAGAUGGAAAAUCUACAUCAUGGAGUGUCAGACUGGGACAGUUACUAUUAUCAGCCAAAAAAAGAGAUGCCAAAACUUUGUAUGACACACUGAAACUAGUGAGAGCAGAGCAAAUUGUACCUCUUUCAGCUGCAAGCUUUGAAAGAGGCUCUUACCAACGAGGAUAUGAAUAUAUUGUGAGAUUGCACAUGUUGUGUGAAUUGGAACAUAGCAUCAGACCACUGUUUCACCAGUCUCCAGGUGACAGUUUUCAAGAAGACUCUCUGAACUGGGCAGUUCGACUAGAAAUGACCCAGAAUUCCUACAGAGCUAAGGAACCCAUCCUUGCACUCAGGAGGGCAUUAUUAAGCCUCAACAAAAGACCAGAUUACAAUGAGAUGAUUGGAGAGUGCUGGCUACAGAGUGCCAGAGUGGCUAGAAAGGCAGGGCACCACCAGACAGCCUACAAUGCUCUCCUAAAUGCAGGAGAAUCUCGGCUCGCCGAACUAUGUGUGGAGAGAGCAAAAUGGCUGUGGUCCAAGGGUGAUGUUCAUCAAGCACUUAUUGUUCUCCAGAAAGGUGUUGAAUUAUACUUUCCUGAAAAUAAAACCCCAACUGAGAGUAAGAACAUGUUAAUCCUUGGUCGAGCUACACUACUAGUAGGUCGAUUCAUGGAAGAAACAGCUAACUUUGAAAGCAAUGCAAUUAUGAAAAAGUACAAGGAUGUCAUCUUGUUCCUGCCAGAGUGGGAAGAUGGACAUUUCUACCUUGCUAAGUACUAUGACAAAUUGAUGCCCAUGGUAACAGACAACAAAAUGGAAAAGCAAGGUGACCUCAUCAGGUAUAUAGUUCUUCAUUUUGGAAGAUCACUACAGUAUGGAAAUCAAUUCAUAUAUCAGUCAAUGCCGCGAAUGUUAUCACUAUGGCUUGAUUUUGGUGCUAAGGCAUUUGAGUGGGAAAAAGCUGGCCGUUCUGAUCGUGUACAGAUGAGAAAUGACUUGGCUAAAAUAAAUAAGGUUAUCACAGAACACACAAAUCAGUUAGCUCCGUAUCAGUUUCUUACUGCUUUUUCACAGUUGAUCUCUCGAAUUUGUCAUUCCUAUGAUGAAGUUUUUGUUGUCUUGAUGGAAAUAAUAGUCAAAGUGUUUCUAGCCUAUCCUCAGCAAGCAAUGUGGAUGAUGACAGCUGUGUCAAAGUCCUCUUAUCCUAUGCGUGUGAACAGAUGCAAGGAAAUCCUAAAUAAAGCUAUCCUUAUGAAAACAUCUUUAGAAAAAUUUGUUGGAGAUGCAACUCGUCUGACUGACAAGCUUCUAGAAUUGUGCAACAAAUCGGUCGACGGAAGUAGUUCCACAUUAAGCAUGAGCACUCAUUUUAAAAUGCUAAAAAGGCUGGUAGAGGAAGCAACAUUUAGUGAAAUCCUCAUUCCUUUGCAGUCAGUCAUGAUACCUACGCUUCCAUCAAUCCCGGGUGCCCAUACUAAUUAUGAUCCAUUUCCCGGACAUUGGGCCUAUAUUGCAGGUUUUGAUGAUACGGUGGAAAUUCUUGCUUCUCUUCAAAAACCAAAGAAGAUCUCUUUAAAAGGAUCAGAUGGAAAGUUCUACAUCAUGAUGUGUAAACCAAAAGAUGACCUAAGAAAAGACUGUAGAUUAAUGGAAUUCAAUUCAUUGAUUAAUAAGUGCUUAAGAAAAGAUGCAGAAUCUCGGAGAAGAGAACUUCACAUCCGAACAUAUGCUGUUAUUCCACUGAAUGAUGAAUGUGGGAUUAUUGAAUGGGUGAACAAUACUGCUGGCUUGAGACCUAUUCUGACAAAAAUAUAUAAAGAAAAAGGAGUAUAUAUGACAGGAAAGGAACUUCGCCAGUGUAUGUUGCCAAAGUCAUCAACUCUAUCUGAAAAAUUCAAAGUAUUCCAAGAACUUCUGCUUCCUAGGCAUCCUCCUGUUUUUCAUGAGUGGUUUCUGAGAACAUUCCCUGAUCCUACAUCAUGGUACAGUAGCAGAUCAGCAUACUGCCGUUCUACUGCUGUAAUGUCAAUGGUUGGCUAUAUCCUGGGUCUUGGAGACCGUCAUGGCGAAAACAUUCUUUUUGAUUCUUUGACUGGUGAAUGUGUACAUGUGGAUUUCAACUGUCUUUUUAAUAAGGGAGAAACUUUUGAAGUUCCAGAAAUUGUACCAUUUCGCCUAACUCAUAAUAUGGUUAAUGGAAUGGGUCCAAUGGGAACAGAGGGUCUUUUUCGAAGAGCAUGUGAAGUUACACUGAGGCUGAUGCGAGAUCAGAGAGAGCCUUUAAUGAGUGUCUUAAAGACUUUUAUACACGAUCCUCUUGUGGAGUGGAGUAAACCAGUGAAAGGACAUUCCAAAACACCACUGAGUGAAACUGGGGAGGUUGUCAAUGAAAAGGCCAAGACUCACGUUCUUGACAUUGAACAACGGCUGCAGGGUGUGAUCAAGACUCGGAAUAGAGUAACAGGACUGCCAUUGUCUAUUGAAGGACAUGUGCAUUACCUUAUACAGGAAGCUACUGAUGAAAACUUACUGUGUCAAAUGUAUCUUGGUUGGACCCCAUAUAUGUGAAAUGAAACUAUGUCAAAAAUAUGCCAGUAAUUAAAUGAAUGUAUUUGUUAUUA